CUUGGGGCGGGGCGGCUCGGCCGGGCGUGAUGGAAGCAGCAUGGCCGCCCGCUUCUCCUUGACGCAGCUAUCAAGUGCAAACCCCGUGUAUGAGAAGUUCUAUCGACAGGUUGAUACAGCUAACACUGGAAGAGUGUUGGCUUCUGAUGCUGCGGUUUUCCUAAAAAAGUCUGGACUGACUGACUUGAUACUUGGAAAGAUUUGGGAUUUAGCUGAUCAAGAUGGCAAAGGUAUCCUGAACAAACAGGAAUUUUUUGUGGCUUUGCGACUUGUGGCCUGUGCACAGAAUGGAUUGGAUGUUUCCCUGAGUAGUCUUAAAUUGCCUGUUCCUCCACCUAGAUUUAGUGAUACAAGCAGUCCAUUGCUGAUCAGUGGAACAGCAUCAGCUGAUGUCCCUUGGGCUGUCAAGUUGGAAGACAAGGCCAAGUAUGACGCUAUUUUUGACAGUCUGAAUCCUGUAAAUGGAUUGUUAUCGGGUGAGAAGGUGAAACCUGUACUGCUAAACUCCAAACUACCAGUGGACAUACUAGGAAGAGUUUGGGAGCUAAGUGAUAUUGACCAUGAUGGAAUGCUGGAUCGAGAUGAGUUUGCAGUUGCCAUGUUCUUGGUGUACUGUGCUUUGGAGAAGGAACCAGUGCCAAUGUCCUUGCCCGCAGCUUUGGUGCCACCUUCUAAGAGAAAAAUUGUCAGUAUUCCAGGACCAAUGCCAUUCAUUCCACCGUCAGCAUCUGCUAAAGAUUCUCAUCAGUCCUUGUCAUCUGUAGGCAUGUUACCUGCCAAGGCACCCGUCACACAGUGGGUUGUAUCACCUGCAGACAAAAUCAAAUACGAUGAGAUUUUCCUGAAAACUGACAACGACAUGGAUGGCUUUGUCUCUGGUGUGGAAGCUAGAGAGAUAUUCUUAAAGACAGGACUGCCUUCUGCAUUACUUGCACAUAUCUGGGCCCUUUGUGACACACAUGACUGUGGAAAGCUUUCAAAGGAACAGUUUGCUUUGGCUUUCCAUUUAAUCAAUCAGAAGUUAACAAAGGGCAUUGAUCCUCCUCAGGUUUUGACUCCAGAGAUGAUUCCUCCAUCAGACAGGGUCAGCUUACAGAAGAGCACUCUGGGACCGAGUCCUGUGGCAGAUUUUUCUGCAAUUAAAGAGCUUGAUACUUUAAACAAUGAAAUAGUUGACCUGCAGAGGGAAAAGAAUAACGUGGAACAGGACCUCAAGGAGAAAGAAGAUGCCAUCAAACAGAGGACAAAUGAGGUCCAGGAUCUUCAGGAUGAAGUAAAGAGGGAGAGUAGUAAUCUGCAGAAGCUGCAAGCUCAGAAACAGGAAGCACAGGAAAUCCUUAAUGAUCUCGAUGAGCAAAAAGCCAAGUUGGAGGAGCAACUUAAUGACAUACGGCAGAAAUGCACUGAGGAGGCUCAUUUGAUUGCCUCGUUGAAGGGUGAAAUAACUAGUCAAGAAUCUAAGAUCUCAGCAUAUGAAGAGGAACUGUGCAAAGCUCAGGAGGAGCUGAGUCGCCUGCAGCAAGAAACUGCAGAGCUUGAGCAGUGCGUUGAGUCAGGGAAGGCGCAGCUGCGACCCCUUCAGCAGCAUCUGCAGGAUUCACAACAGGAAAUCCAUGCAGUGCAGACAAAACUGUUUGAGCUUAAAGAUUUGGAAAAUAAUCAAUUUAACUGGCAUAGUCGCCCACACAACACACUUGUUAAUGGGACAGCAGAUCAUUCUAGUCUUAGCAACAGCAGCAGUGAAACUGCUAACCUUAAUGAGAGUGCUGAAAGGGAGAGUUCAGCAGAAGAUGAACAAAUAAGUCAUGAGUCUCCAGUAAGAAAUAGUCCUGAAACAACACAAGCUGUCAUAGAAGAAGAGAAAGAGACCCUGACUGAAAAUAUUACCAAAAAAGAGGAGCCAUUUGAUGAAGAGUCUCCUCCACUACCUGAUCCGGUUACAGAAGCCAAUUUAGAUUUCUUCCAGUCUGACCCUUUUGUUGGCAGCGAUCCUUUCAAAGAUGACCCCUUUGGGAAAAUUGAUCCUUUUGGUGGUGAUCCCUUCAAAGGUUCAGAUCCUUUUGCAGCUGACUGUUUUUUCAAGCAAUCCUCUACUGAUCCUUUUGCAGCAGCAUAUACUGAUCCUUUCAGUGCAACAGGCAAUAAUCUCACAGCAGAAACACCGAAGAACAAUGAUCCUUUUGCUCCUGGUGGAACGGCCAUUACUGCGCAAAAUGAUCCUGCUGCAGAUCCCUUUGCCUCUCUGUUUGGAAAUGAAUCAUUUGGAAGUGGUUUUGCUGACUUUAGCACACUGUCAAAGGCCAACAAUGAAGCUCCCUUUAGUUCUUCCACAUCAGGGUCUGUCAACAAUGUAGUCAUAACUAAAAACUUAUUUGAGGAACCACCAGCCAAAAAUGAGGAUAUUCCUCCUGCUUUACCACCCAAGACUGGCACUCCUACAAGACCCUGUCCCCCACCACCAGGGAAAAGACCUAUCAAUAAGCUGGAUUCUUCAGAUUCCUUUAAAUUGAAUGAUCCGUUUCAGCCUUUCCCUGGCUGUGAGACUUCCAAAGAGCAAGAAGCAGAUUUGUUUUGUGACCCAUUUGCUCCCACCAAUAUCAGUAAAGAGACAGACGCCAACAAUUUUGCAAACUUUGGUAAUUAUCCUACUGAAGAAGACAUGAUUGAAUGGGCUAAGAGAGAAAGUGAGAGAGAAGAGAAAGAGAGACUUGCAAGAUUAAAACAGCAAGAGCAAGAAGAUUUGGAACUGGCGAUUGCACUCAGUAAAUCUGAAAUUUCAGAAGCAUGAAGUUAGAAUGACAGUGUGUCUUAUGUCAACUGUUUUGUCCCAUUUCUCCCAUUUCCUGAGUAUUUAAUCUAUUUAAAAUGUUAAUCAGAAGCUACCUAUGGUUUGGAAAGUAUGAAAGGUUUUAAAUUCCUGCAAAUGUGAUCAAUUAUUUAUCUUUUUUUUAUCCCAUUCUGAUUUUAUAAUUUUUCCUGAAUUUGAUUAACAUUAUCAGCCAACUUUAUAGAAGAGCACUGCUCCACUGUGGAUGCUUUCAAGAUUUUUGCCUGUGCUAUUUUUUUGGUGUAUACCCAGGACAAUAAAGUCUCCUUCUGUAAAUACAGAGGGAGAGAACACUGCAUGUCAUCUUUAAAAUCGUUGUCAUUCUUGUCUUGUAUGAAGAUAUCUUCAUGAACAUUUGUGAUUCUUCAAAUUCAGAAGUUCAGAGACAAGAAAAUAUUGUCCCAAUCAAGUUCCUUUAGAAAGCAAGUUGGUGAGAGUGGCACAGAACAGGACAUAAAAGUAUAUGCCCAAACUUCCAUAUUCUUAGUGCACGUGAUGGCUUUUCUUUCCAGGUGGAAGGGCUGGUUUAUUUAAAGAGAUGGUAACCCAGGCUAAAGCUAAAAUACUCUUUUCUGCUGUUUCACAAAGAGUGUAGCUAGAGUUUCAAUACUUAUUUUUAUAUGGACAUUACUGGUACAUCUCACUUUUUGGUUAUUUUUACAUUUGGAUAAUGGAUUGUUUUUGCGUUCACACACUCCCAAGUUUAAGGAAAGCAAAAUAAAAUUCGUACCUGAAAACAAAUCUGUUUACAACGCAGUCAGUGAGACUACAGCUGGAGUAUAAACUGGCAGAAGUUGGCAGUUGAGCAGAUGGUGAGUAUGGCAAUUGCUCUUGCUUAUGGCUUCUCAUCAGGCUGUUCUUAUCAGUUGCUUGAAACCUUUUGUACUUUUUCAGAAGAGAUUAUAGUAAUGCUGGAACAGAGUGCUUUAUUUUUUAUCUAUACAUAUGUCUCUUCUCUUCUUCAAUGAAAGUUCUACUGCUGGACUUGAAAUUUAAUUGAUAAUCUUUUUAGAGUGCAAGUGGGGAAAACUGUAUUCUACUGAAACAUUUACUUGCUUUCUUGCAUGUCUCUGAGAUUUGAAGGCAGUUGGAUCAGUUGUGUUGUUCCGUAGUACUAGAGAACUAAAUAGAUCAUUUGUGUUAAAUUGCUCUUGGCCAAGAUGACUGACAAAUUAUGAAGACCCAUUGCUAAUUGAGCCAAAUUCUGUGAAAUAUGCAACUAAACCGGCAAGUUGACAAGUGGAAUAUGAGAUUUGAUAGAGUAGGAUGCAUAAUGGCGUAGUUUAAUUUUUUACAAGUCUUUUUCUGUACAUGUAAUUUAUUGAAUGCCAACUGAUAGUUGCACCUUAAAAAGACUGAUUUAUAAUUCUUUAUGGCCACUGAGUCAAAGUAGGAUUAAAAGAGUGUUAAUAAAAGUAACUUAUUGCCUAUUGUUAAUUGUACUCCAUUCUACAGUAAUCGGGUUCUUUUAAUUCACUCUAAACAGUGGUGCUUUUGCCCAGUAUAUACAUAAAAUUGGACUGCAGCAGCAUAAACUCUGUUUUCUCUCUUGCACUUUUCACUUGGAUUUCCUGUUGGAAAUAGAAUUGUUCUUCUACAGAAACUUAUGUGGAGCAAGGGAUGCCUCAUAGCCACCACUAGUUUAACUAUUCCACUUACCUGGCAAUGUUGCUGCAAGACUCUUUAAAGAGGGUAGUUUUUGAUCUUUCAGGAAAAUGGGUGACUUGACUUGGACAACAUUUUCUUUUGCACUGGGAAACUAGCGUUUCCGACACCUGCUCAAAAAAGUAACUUAAAACAUCUUUUGCAAGUAUUAAAUAGCUAUAAUUUAUCUAUACAACCUUUGUAAUAAGUGUACACUAAUCUUGCAUAUUGGAUGCUUAACUGGACUACAUAGUUCUUAUUUUUUGUUAAAAACAUAUACUCAGUGGACCAAUACAAUAUUAUGUGUAUAUAUUAUAUAUAUUCAUGCUUUCCUGUAUGGAAUUCAAAGUUUUGAGUCAUUUGAUGUUACAUUUCAUGUUACUGACUCUGACUACAGUAUCUUUACCCAAUGACUAUACCAAUAAACCACUGCUGUGAGCUAAAUGGCAUUACUUACGGAGUUUUAACUGUUUUUUAAAAACUUAUUCAGGUGGGGUUAGCCUCUAUUUAUAGACUUCCCUUUUGUUUAAAAAUUCUAACAAUAGCCUGUAAUUAUGAAGAAAUAAACUUUAAGUACAUAAGUAAA